AUUCAAAACACAGCAGUAUCGUCACUUGAGAACAUCAUCCCCUACCGACCCACCUAAAAUGCUCUGUGUGGAGUGUAUCAGCUUUAUGGCUGGUAGGUAUCAGUUUGUGGAACGAAUGAUAACUGAGAACUUGCGAGUAGAUAUUAUAGUAUUGUGCCAUGAUAAGGCUGGGCAUCCAAAACACAAGAGGUUUACUAGCGGAGAAAGCAAAGAGACCAGAGCGCACCGGGAUGGAGACAGAGUAGGCAGCGAGGAUGAAAGCGCGGGAAGGAAUACAUGGAAGAAUAAAAGUGGAGACGGCACAUCAGAUUUCCGAAGAGCGCAUCCGGCUGGUCCGCGCUUAUUAACGGCGUGAAGUCGUAAGACAUCAACCAAUGCUAUAACAAGAUCUUAAUCCUGUAUCGGGCCGGAACAGUAUCACUGGAUUGAAUGGUCACCAUUGGACUGAUCGAGAGAGGUUGCCGGGCCUGGCCUUAAGCAGAGGACCGGUGCCGUACACUGUAUGCCCCUUGGCGAGCUUGUAAGGAUCCAUACAAGAUAGCUCUACAUAACGCCAGGCAAUGCAAGCAAGGUCUUUCUUCUAGGAAUCAAUGCAGUGUAUUAACUGCGCCCUCAUGGGCCUAGAGCAAAACAAAAGAAAGCCGCCUUCCACCACAAUGUCUUCUUCUAAAUCCUUUUUGCCUACCCCCAUGUUAGCUGACACUACUGAAAUUCUCUGAGGCUGGCCAGACAUAGAGAUA